GAGGCCAAACUCAAAGAGACAAACGAGAGACUGGAGGAUGAGGAGGAAAUCAAUGCUGAACUGACUGCCAAGAAGAGGAAACUGGAGGAUGAAUGCUCCGAGCUGAAGAAAGACAUCGAUGACCUGGAGCUCACCUUGGCAAAAGUGGAGAAGGAGAAACAUGCUACAGAAAAUAAGGUGAAAAACCUGACAGAGGAGAUGGCUCUCAGGAUGAGAGCAUUGCCAAGCUGACAAAAGAGAAGAAAGCCCUCCAAGAGGCACACCAGCAGACUCUUGAUGACCUUCAGGCAGAGGAAGACAAAGUCAACACUCUGACUAAAGCUAAGACAAAGCUUGAGCAGCAAGUGGACGAUCUUGAGGGCUCACUGGAACAAGAGAAGAAGCUCCGUAUGGACCUUGAGAGAGCCAAGAGAAAGCUUGAGGGUGAUCUGAAACUGGCCCAGGAGUCCAUAAUGGACCUGGAGAAUGACAAACAGCAAUCAGAUGAGAAGAUCAAAAAGAAGGACUUUGAGAUAAGUCAGCUUCUCAGCAAGAUUGAGGAUGAACAGUCUUUAGGAGCACAGCUUCAGAAGAAGAUCAAAGAACUUCAAGCCCGUAUCGAGGAGCUGGAAGAGGAAAUAGAGGCAGAGCGAGCUGCUCGUGCUAAAGUGGAGAAGCAGAGAGCUGAUCUCUCCAGGGAACUUGAAGAGAUCAGCGAGAGGCUUGAGGAAGCUGGUGGUGCUACUGCUGCUCAGAUUGAGAUGAACAAGAAGCGUGAAGCUGAAUUCCAGAAGUUGCGUCGUGAUCUGGAGGAGUCCACCUUGCAGCAUGAAGCUACAGCUGCAGCUCUCCGAAAGAAGCAGGCAGACAGUGUUGCUGAACUCGGAGAACAGAUCGACAACCUUCAGCGGGUCAAGCAGAAGCUGGAGAAGGAGAAGAGUGAAUACAAGAUGGAGAUUGAUGACCUGACAAGCAACAUGGAGGCUGUGGCUAAAGCAAAGGCAAACCUUGAAAAGAUGUGCCGUACAAUAGAAGACCAAGCAAGUGAGCUAAAGUCAAAAAAUGAUGAGUUUGUACGCCAACUUAAUGAUUUAAAUGCCCAGAAGGCAAGGCUCCAAACUGAAAAUGGUGAAUUUAGCCGUCAACUGGAAGAGAAAGAAGCCCUUGUUUCUCAACUGACAAGAGUCAAACAGGCUUACACUCAACAGAUUGAGGAACUCAAGAGACAUAUUGAAGAAGAGGUUAAGGCCAAGAAUGCUCUGGCCCAUGCGGUUCAGUCAGCCCGUCAUGACUGUGACUUGCUCAGAGAGCAGUAUGAGGAGGAGCAGGAGGCCAAAGCUGAACUCCAGCGGGGAAUGUCUAAGGCCAACAGUGAGGUGGCUCAAUGGAGAACCAAAUAUGAGACUGAUGCAAUCCAGCGGACCGAGGAGCUUGAGGAAUCCAAGAAAAAGCUUGCCCAGCGUCUGCAGGAUGCUGAAGAAUCCAUUGAAGCGGUGAACUCCAAGUGUGCCUCACUGGAAAAGACCAAACAGAGACUGCAGGGUGAAGUAGAGGACCUCAUGAUUGAUGUGGAGAGGGCAAAUUCAUUGGCUGCCAACCUUGACAAGAAGCAGAGAAACUUUGACAAAGUCCUAGCAGAGUGGAAACAGAAGUAUGAGGAAAGCCAGGCUGAACUAGAAGGUGCUCAGAAAGAAGCUCGUUCUCUCAGCACUGAGCUGUUCAAAAUGAAGAACUCCUACGAAGAAGCUCUUGAUCACCUUGAGACACUGAAGAGGGAGAACAAGAAUCUGCAACAGGAGAUUUCUGACCUUACUGAGCAGCUAGGAGAGACUGGAAAGAGCAUUCAUGAACUGGAAAAGGCAAAGAAGACAGUGGAGUCUGAGAAAUCAGAGAUCCAGGCUGCUCUUGAAGAAGCUGAAGGCACCCUGGAGCAUGAAGAGUCGAAGAUUCUUCGUGUGCAGCUGGAGCUGAACCAGGUGAAGAGUGAGAUUGACAGGAAGCUGGCUGAGAAGGAUGAGGAGAUGGAACAGAUCAAGAGGAACAGCCAAAGAGUGAUCGACUCCAUGCAGAGCACUCUGGACUCUGAGGUCCGGAGCAGGAAUGAUGCCCUGAGAGUCAAAAAGAAGAUGGAGGGAGAUCUGAAUGAGAUGGAGGUCCAGCUGAGUCAUGCCAACCGCCAGGCUGCUGAGGCCCAGAAACAGCUCAGGAACGUCCAAGGACAACUCAAGGAUGCCCAACUGCACCUUGAUGAAGCUGUCAGAGGACAGGAGGACAUGAAGGAGCAGGUGGCCAUGGUGGAGCGCAGGAAUAACCUGAUGCAAGCAGAGAUUGAGGAGCUGAGAGCUGCACUGGAGCAAACAGAGAGAGGCCGCAAAGUGGCUGAGCAGGAGCUGGUGGAUGCCAGCGAGCGUGUGGGACUGCUGCACUCACAAAAUACAAGUCUUAUUAACACCAAGAAGAAGCUUGAGGCUGAUCUGGUCCAGGUUCAAGGAGAGGUGGAUGAUGCAGUCCAGGAGGCCAGAAAUGCAGAGGAAAAGGCCAAGAAGGCCAUCACUGAUGCUGCCAUGAUGGCUGAGGAGCUGAAGAAGGAGCAGGACACCAGUGCUCACCUGGAGAGGAUGAAGAAGAACCUGGAGGUGACUGUCAAAGACCUGCAGCACCGUCUGGAUGAAGCUGAGAGUCUUGCCAUGAAGGGUGGAAAGAAACAGCUCCAGAAACUGGAGUCCAGGGUGCAUGAGUUGGAGGCUGAAGUUGAAGCUGAACAGAGACGUGGUGCAGAUGCUGUGAAAGGAGUUCGCAAAUAUGAAAGGAGAGUGAAGGAGCUCACCUACCAGACUGAGGAAGACAAGAAGAACGUGAUCCGACUGCAGGAUCUGGUAGACAAGCUGCAGCUGAAAGUGAAGGCCUACAAGCGCCAGGCUGAAGAAGCUGAGGAGCAGGCCAACACUCACCUGUCCAGGUACAGGAAGGUGCAGCAUGAGCUGGAGGAGGCUCAGGAGCGCGCUGAUAUCUCUGAGUCCCAGGUCAACAAGCUGAGAGCCAAGAGCCGUGAAGCCGGGAAGGGCAAAGAAGCAGAGGAGUGAGGAACAAUAUCCAGACACAGUAGCAAGUCAUCAUAUAAUAUGAAUUGCUUGUGAAAUGUCAGUAUGCCAUUAGCCACAAUAAAAGUAAACCUGCAAACUUC